AAAAUUUAACGCCGAACAGAGAGAGCUUGACGUAAAUGGGGAGAGUCUGAUGGAGAAAGAGUAAUGGAGUUAUCCAAAGAAACGAAACAAAAGAAGAAAUGGCGACAGCGACGACGUCUGCGAUUAGGACACCGAAUUGGAGAAUCGCUGUGUUAUUAUGGACAGUCUCUCUCACUAUCUUCUACUCUCUUUUCCAAAUGGGUCUUCGAAAUUCGCCAUCUUCUUCGUCAUCAUCAUCAGAUUCUUUUGUCACCUAUGUAGAGCUAAGCACAAGGUUGUAUGAUAAGAUGGAACGGGAUUUACAAGAGAAUGGACCCGUAUUCCUUAAACAAGGUGAAACGUCUCAGUCAUUGUCACUUUCAGAUCUCUUCACACUGAAAGAUGGAGAAAUAUCACCUGUCCUGAAGGUUGCGAAUCCCCCUGUGCGAGCUAAUGUAUUACAUCUCAGCACAGAAUACUCUGUCCUAGUCUCGAAAGCAGUAAAAGAUGUGUUCAGUCCUUACUUUGAAAAUACAAUCUGGUUUCAGGACUGUAAGAUGUACCACUUCAGCAUGUUUCAUGCAUCGAAUCACAUUUUCUCUGUUCCAGCUACUGAAGUUGAGGUUGAAGGAGAAGCAGCUGCUGUUAAAGCAGUUGCUAAUAAGCUUUGCCCUUUGGAAAUUAUCUUGGAUAGAGUUCUAUUAACCUCGACUGGUGUUCUUCUUGGAUGUUGGAAGGUUAAGUCUGGAGAUGAUCCCAUAACAAUCCGCUCGAAACUGAGAUCUGUUCUUCCACGUGCACCAGAGAAGCAACUUUAUGAUGCUGCAAUUCUUCAUACAUCAUUGGCAAGGCUGCUUGGUCCUCCAAUAUCUCCAACUAAGCAGGCUGGUUCUGACGACCAUCUCCAGAUUCUCCAUGAUUUAGUCACAAGACUAAACAACCAAAUCCGAGGAUUCAAGGCAAUAGUAUCAGAGCUGUGGUAUGUAGAAGAGUUUGAUCUGCUGGCGCUCGCAUUAGGAGGAAGAAUGAAGGUUCGAUCAUUCCCACUCGGCUGUGCUACAAAGAGCUAAUAUAUAAACCGAAUUGUAGUAAUUAAGAAGCUUAGUUCAUCACUAAGUUGAAAACCAUUAUGUCAUGUUCAAUGUAAAAUUUUCUUCCAAUUUAUAGUGAACAAAAUAUGUUACUCUAAUCGAGAGUUCUUUUCAUGUAAAAAUAUGUUAUUCUUACAUGUAUCAAAACGAUAUUUUCUUGGAA